AUGGACGUAUAUGUCCAGAUCACAGGCCUGGACUCAGGGAGGAUGCGCAGAGUCAAGGCACUGCUUGACAGCAGUUGCAGUACCUGUUGCAUCAACACUGACUAUGCGCAGGCAGAAAGAUUGGAUAUCCAGGAACUCCCCCAACCCAUCAUGGCCCGUAACGCUAACAACGCCAAGAACAUCAGUGGCCAGAUCACACACUAUGUCAAUUUGAGGAUGAGAAUUGGCCCUCACGUGGAGACACGCACGUUCCUUCUGACGUGUCUCGGAAAAGCUUGGAUCUUCAUCGGUCUUGAUUGGCUGACGGAACACAACCCCGAGGUGGAUUGA